AUGGAAUCGCUCAUCAUCCUUUUCCAAAAGACAUUGGUCGAGCAUACAUUGAGGUCCCUUGCCAUUGGGAGUCUUCUCGCAGUACUGCUUUACCUCGUUGGAAAUGAAAUCCUACGCAGUCAGUCGCGAAUUUCUGGAUUGAAAGGGCCAAGAGGUCUCCCAAUUUUUGGGAAUCUAAUCGACAUAUGGUCUAAUGCGGCAUUAAAGUAUCAGGAAUGGGCCAAAGAGUAUGGCGAUGUCUAUCAGGUCCAAUUGGGGAAUACCAGCGUUGUUGUUGUCAAUAGUGCUGCUACGGCGAAGGAAUUGUUCAUAUCUAAUUCUCAAGCGUUAAGUUCUCGGCCGAUAGGUUAUACAUUUCAUAAGGUAGCUUCCAGUACUGCUGGUUUCACAAUUGGCUCAUCGCCUUACGACGAUAGUUUGAAGCGAAAGAAGAAGGCAGCGGCGGUAGCCUUGAAUCGUCCUGCUAUCAAAACAUACGUCCCGUACCUUGAUCUAGAAACGAGGACAUUUCUUCGAGAUCUCCUCAGCUAUGGAAAAGCUGGGAAAGUUGCGGUCGAUCCACUUCCCUUAGUUCAACGCGUGAGCCUCUCACUGAUGACAACAAUCAACUGGGGCGUUCGAAUUACUUCUAUUGAAGAUGAAUUAUUCAAAGAGAUAGUGUCCGUCGAAGAGGGACUCAACAAGACCAGAUCAACCGUUGGUAAUACUCAGGAUCACAUUCCUUUUCUACGCCUUAACCCCUUAAAUCAGAAUUCUGCGAAUGCUCGACAAUUACGCCAGCGCCGAGACCGAUAUCUUUCCAUACUAAACAAGGACCUUGCGGAGAAAGUAGCAAAAGGCACUAACAAACCGUGCAUCCAGGCGAGCGUAAUUAAGUAUAAGGAGGUUCAGCUCAGUGACACCGAACUGGUGGCUUUCAGCUUGUCUGUGCUGGGAGGAGGUUUCGAGACCGUGUCAACUACUGUGCAAUGGUCGAUUGCUUACUUUGCGCUACAUCCGGAGAUCCAAGACAAGGCCUAUGCAGAAAUCCAGCAGUUUCAGGGGUCUAAUGAGCCAUUGUGUGAUGCUGCCGACGAUCAGAAAUGUGCUUAUGUACUAGCACUAGUAAAAGAAGCUCUUCGAUACUUCUCUGUCAUUCCGCUAGCCUUACCAAGAGCAUCUAUCAGGGAUGUUCAAUACAAUGGCAUCGUAAUACCAUCUGGGAGCACUGUAUACAUGAAUGCAUGGGCCUGUAAUCAUGACCCCGAACUAUGGUCUGACCCCGACAGUUUUCUGCCAGAACGAUGGUUAGAGAAACCGGAAGCCCCUUUAUUUACAUUCGGCCUGGGAUACCGUAUGUGCGCAGCGCAUAUCCUUGCUACCCGUGAGGUGUAUAUCAUCUUUAUGAGGCUAUUGAGUAGCUUUCGCUUCGUGGCCUCGGGUGAUAUACAAUGCGAUCCUAGCAUCGAUAUGGUCAAUCCAAAAGAUUUAAUUAUGGUUCCCAAGCCAUAUCGUGUACUCUGUGUGCCUAGGGAUGAAGAAAAGCUUAGGGCAGCAUUGGAUACGUCUGAAUAA